AGCAGGCUUCAGGGCAGCAUUCCGCGCCAUGGGAACUUGGCAUCGUCUGUUGAGUUUUGGUGGUGUGGUACUGCGGGGUAGUGGCGGGGCCGCUACCCCGCUUGGGAGAAGCCGAGCGUUGGUUUGUCGGCGCCAGUUAUCUAAUGCUGACAGUGGAACCUUAAAACGAAGAACACAAAUUAUGUCCCGAGGACUUCCAAAGCAGAAACCAAUUGAAGGUGUUAAACAAGUUAUAGUUGUGGCUUCUGGAAAGGGUGGAGUUGGAAAGUCUACCACAGCAGUGAACCUUGCACUUGCACUAGUGGCCAAUGAUUCGUCAAAGGCCGUUGGUUUGUUAGAUGUGGAUGUGUAUGGCCCUUCAAUUCCAAAGAUGAUGAAUCUAAAGGGAAAUCCAGAAUUAUCACAGAAUAACCUAAUGAGGCCUCUUUUGAAUUAUGGUAUUGCUUGUAUGUCCAUGGGCUUCUUGGUUGAUGAGACUGCGCCAGUUGUUUGGAGAGGCCUUAUGGUGAUGUCAGCCAUUGAAAAAUUAUUGAGGCAGGUAGAUUGGGGUCAACUGGAUUAUCUAGUUCUUGACAUGCCACCAGGAACUGGAGAUGUACAGUUAUCCGUCUCACAGAAUAUUCCCAUAUCAGGUGCUGUGAUUGUCUCCACACCCCAGGAUAUUGCACUGAUGGAUGCACACAAGGGUGCUGAGAUGUUUCGAAAAGUCCACGUGCCUGUUCUUGGUCUUGUCCAAAACAUGAGUGUUUUCCAGUGUCCAAAAUGUAAACACAAAACUCAUAUUUUUGGUGCUGAUGGUGCAAGGAAACUGGCACGGACCCUGGGUCUUGACAUCCUAGGAGACAUUCCCUUACACCUUAAUAUAAGAGAAGCUUCAGAUGCAGGCCAGCCAAUUGUGUUUUCACAGCCUGACAGUGAUGAGGCCAAAGCGUACCUGAAGAUUGCUGUAGAAGUGGUAAGAAGAUUGCCACCACCUCCAGAAUGAUUCCCCAAGUGUCCUGGAAAUUUUCCUGGUACUGAAAAUAAGAGGACCUUUGGAAAUCAGCAGUGUGGUAGUGACACCUACAGAAAUAAUAGCAAUCAUAAUUGUUUUAUUUCAAAGGAAAUAAUAUCUUGUUUUAGAUUUGAUUUGCUAAGCUAUGACUCACAAAAUUUUGUGUUUCAAUGCUAUCUGCUAUAUUUAGGAAUAUUUUUGAAAGCUAAUAUAUACCACCUGUGCAGAACUGCAUUUUAUUUUUAUUGAAUUACCUCUGAGGAAUCAUGAGUUUGUGAUGUUGCAAGCCCAGUUGGUGACAGAGGGCACUCUUUUUUCAGGACCAUGGAGUUAGUCAAUUAUAAAAGAUUCACUAAAUUUGUGUAUAGACAUAAAAGUAUGACAGCUUCCCAACAGGAAAUUUGGUGUGGCUUUGAAUCCUGUUUUUAGUCCUAUCUUGGACAUGUUCUUAAUCUGAAGGAACCUCUGCUGCUUCACUGGAUCAACCCCAGACUAAGUGAAUCUGAAUCUCCAGAGGUGGAGCCUGGACAUGGGUGUUUUUAAUAAGAUCGUGAUGCUGUUGAUGAUGAUACUAUUAUAAUGGCAAAAAUAAUAAUAGCCAACUUAUAAAGUACUUUCUGUGUGUCUUUAUAGAUAAUCUUCCAUUUGUAUGAAAGGAAUGCUAUCUCUGCCAUUUACUAUAUAUACAUAUAUUUAUAGAUAAUCUUCCAUUUGUAUGAGAGGAAUGCAUAUAUCUGCCAUUCACAGAGGAGGAAACUGAGGCAUAAGAAGGUUCAGUGUCUUCCUGAGUGAGGGUCAAUGUAUCCAGCCAGUGAUGGAGCUACGAUUUGAACUUGAGUAGUUGGAUAUCAGAUUCCUCCUUUUCCACACCAAUCUACAUUUGUUAAUUUCAAAAUUAAAAAAAAAAAAGGUGGGGGAAGGGAUUUAGCUUUUCCUUAAACUUACUUGGCCAUGAAAUCCAUCUCCUUUUUUAGAAGCAUUCAAUGAAAUUUAUGUUUCAAAAAAUGUACUUUUACAAAUAUAUAUCUUGUCUAAUUUAAGCCCAGAGACAGAGAGACAACUACUUGCAAGGUCAGGUAGUAGAUAGUUACAAAGCUGUAAGUACUGAUAAGCGUCAGUUAUAAGGAAAUAGUCUCUUACCUCUGGCAAAUGCCUUGAUGUCUUUUGCACUAAAGUUAUUAGCCAGAACAUUAGGCAAAGAGUUAGACAUCAUUCUAAACAUAUUUUUACACAAAUACCUAUAAAUGGAUGUUUAUAGCAGCUUUAUGUGUAAUAAUCAAAAUCUCAGGGAUUUUCUUUGAUAGGCAAAUGGUUAAACAAACUGUGCUGUAUCCAACCAUGAAAUACUACUCAGUGAUGAAAAAGAGAAAAACUAUGGAUACAUGGAACCACCUGGAAGAAUUCCAGAGAAUUGUAGUGAGUGAAAAAUCCGAUCUCAAAAGUUAUGUACCAUAUGAUUCCAUUUAUAUAACAUUCUUGAAAUGACAGAAUUAUAGAAAUGGAGAACAGAUUAAUGCUAGAUGUGUUAAAGAAGAUGUGAGGUUGGGAGGGAAUCAGGUGUAGCUAUAAAAGCAACAUGAGGAAUACUUGUGAUGAUGGAAAUGUGUCCCGACUUUCCCAACAUCAGUAUCUUAAUUAUUAUAUUGUACUAUAGUCUUGCAAGAUCUUACCACUGGGGGAAAUUGGAUAAAGGGUAUACGGAAUCUCUGUAUUAUAUUUUACAACUGCAUGCAAAUCUACAAU